AGAAAUGGACUUUAACACUGAUUUAAAUACUCAUGAAGUAAAAUGUUCUACUAAUGAAACUAUUAUUAUUCAUAUUACUAAUGAUACUGAUAUCAAUAAUAAUGCUUUAUCCUCUAAUGAGAGUACUGAAACUACUCUUGAAACUAAAUUUCCUGCUAGCGAAAAUACUUCUUUUAAUGACACUUUUUUUAAGCCCUUCGAUUUGGGGGAGAUAUUGCGCAUACCAUAUUUUGGCUCAACUUUUCAUUCAAAUGAAAUAUUAUUGAAGAGUUUAAAUAAAUUAAAAUCUACAUCUGGUCCUUUAGUUAUACAAGAUGGCCAAAUUAUGCCAAAUUAUAAAAAUGUGAAAUUAACACACAGGUUUGCGUGCUGUGUAUUAGUUUUCGUCUUGGAACGAGAUGCAAUUAGCUUGGGUCAAGGGUUCUAUUAUGGUUCUAAUCUUAUAAUGACAGCCAAACAUGUUUUAAAAAAUCCCAAAGAAUGUAGUAUAUAUGUCAUUUUCCCAGAUGACUUUGUUUCUGUAAUAUUUAAAUGCAAUAACACCUUACCUAAAGCUUAUAAUAGAGUUGUCCAAAAUUAUGAUAUUGCUUUUAUUGAAUUAGAAGGGAAUUUAGAUUUAUUACAAAACAAAGAACUACAAAUAGGAGAGUUAAGAGAGAAUGACGAUUUAUUUUUUUACACAAUAAAAUCUGGACGUUUUUUUGAGAAGCCCUGCAGAAUUAAACAGCCAAAUUCAGAUAUCAAAAAGAAAAUGCUUAAAAAUGAAUUUAUCUUAUCUGAUGCAGGCGAAGAUGGAGAUAGUGGAACACCCAUUUAUUCAAGAUCUGGCACUUGUGUUGGAUUAUAUAUUGGAGCACACACUGAACAAAAUUUUAAAUUUAAAUUCGGCAGAGCUUUACAAUUUGAUAAAGAAGUUCUUAAAAAACUAAAAAAAAACAUCACUCUUUCUGUUCCUAAACUUCUUAUUUUAUUUCCAUGUUUAAUUAUAUUUGUUUUUUUAUAUAUAUUAUUAUAUUUGUAUUACAAAAACAAUAAAAAAUUUAAUUCUACUAAUAUUAUUAUUAUUAUUAUUAUUAUUAUUAGUUAUUUUGAAGUACAUUUACAAUCUUUUUAUAAAUAUACUUGAUAAUAAAAACAAUAAUAAAUACUUCCACCAUUAAUGCAACUUUAAUAAUAAUAAUAAUUAUUAUUAUUUUCAUUAUUAUUGUUAUUAUUAUUAUUAUUAAUUCUAAUCAUAAAUUAUUAUCGUUUUGUUUCUUUAUUAUUCUAUACUGAUAUUUUAAGUGUUUCUCAGUCUUGAUCCCACAUUGCCUCUAAAGUUCAGUUAAUCUGGUGUGGUAUACAUGUAGAAUGUGAAGCGUUUGGGUGUGGGAGUGGAUGUGGCAGGGCUGGCAUGGGAUGGUGCAGGAUUGAAAAAACACUGAAAUAUCUAUACUGUUCAUUGUUUUGUAUUGUUGGUUUUGCGAGGGGCGGCAUGGUGGCUCAGUGCACAAUAGCACUGUAGCCUCACAGCAAGAAGGUCCCUGGUUUGACCUUUGGUUGAGCCAGAAGUCCUUACUGUGUGGAGUUUGCAUGUUCUCCCCAUGUCUAAUUACUUUAAAGACAUGUAGGUUUGGUAAAUUGCUAAACUGACCAUGGGAGCGAGAACUGAAGGUCCCAGAAGGGCAAAGCAUGUCCCAAACACAAUGUGUGGCCCAUCCUAACGGAAGCUGAAUGGAGACUGUAUCUUCUGCAAGUUCACUUAAUCUUGGAUCCAGCCUGUAUGCAGGACAGAUGGUCAUCAUGGUCAUCGAGAGUCCAAAACAAACACUGAUUCCUGCUACGAUAAUAGUGACAGACGAAUCUCUGCAUUGCGAUGCUAUCAGCUAGCCUGAACACCCACUUGGUGAUCUUUUGGGACCUGCACCUUCUCCACGACAGAUGUUCAUCGCUCUCAAGUCCAUUGACGUCUUAAAUCUCUGCCUUUAAUCGCCCCAGUUUAACCUGGGUUCUGUUCACUACACCUGAUAGUCUGGCUUUUAUUCUAUCUUCUUCAUCUGUUAAGCUGAUUAGACAAAAUAAAACGCUAUAGAAAAAUGA